GGGAACGUAGCGUAGAAGAAGAGUCGGAAGCGGAAGAGUUCCAAAAUGUCUGCACCCAAAAGCAUCCCCAAAGAUGCUCAGGUAAUGAUGCAGAUCCUGAAGGACAUGGGGGUCACAGAGUACGAGCCCCGCGUCAUCAACCAGAUGUUGGAAUUCACUUACAGAUACGUGACGAGCAUUAUUGAGGAUGCGAAGAUCUACGCCACGCACGCCAAGAAGUCCACUGUGGAUGCUGACGACAUUAAACUGGCCAUUCAGUGCCGCAUGGACCAGUCGUUUACAUCGCCACCACCCAGAGAUUUCCUGCUGGAGGUAGCCAGACAGAAGAACCAGACACCGCUGCCCCUCAUCAAACCGUACACAGGCCCCCGCCUGCCACCGGACCGCUACUGCCUGACUGCCCCCAACUAUCGCCUCAAAUUCCUCCCCAAGAAGGUUGGGUCGGCCGGCAGGAUAUCGGCACCCCGCCUCAGCGCCGUCUCCGGCCGACCGGCCACACCCACUCUUGGGAACGCGUCAGUUCAGCCGGUGGGCGGGGCCAAGGUCGGAACGCCCGUGUCGCUGACGGGUCAAAGGUUUGCCGUGCAGAUCCAGCCUCCCUCGCAGAGCGGCGGCACUAAAAGCGCGUUGCACGGCACGCCCGCCACCUCCAGCGUGCUCAUCAACUCGUCUCUGAUGGGCUCCAAGAACAUCCUCAUCACCACCAACAUGGGGGCUCAGAGCGCCGGCAGCGAGUCACUCAAAAGGAAACACCCGGACGACUACGACGCCGUGUGACGACACGCGCAACACAUGUUGCCUCACAUGUAGGAUGCAAGGACACACACAGAAGGACUAUUUUUCACACUCUUGCUCACGACAUCACAGUAACCCGCCACCCCAAUACAACCUUUUUAACUCAUUAAUGACACAAUGAGGUUUUUUUUUUUUUCACCUUUAAUCCUAAAAACAAUUUCAAAUAAAAAAAGAAACCGUGAAUGAUUAUGACCAAGCAUUAAA